AGAUUUUUUUUUAAACAGUUAUAUGUUGUGCAUUGUAUGAAUGUGGCUAGAAAGCACCAAACACACUGUUGUAUAUGUCUCUGAAAUCUAAUGAUUUUAUCUUUUUUUUCUCCAGGGUUAUUUACAUUGCUUCUGGAGGAAAUCGGGGUUCAUGGAGUGCAAGUGGAAGAAAUUUACGACCUUCAGAAACCCAUGGAGGGGGCGGUUUAUGGGUUUAUAUUUCUGUUCCGGUGGAUAGAGGAACGACGCAGCAGAAGAAAGACAAACACAGAAGUCGAGUCCUUUGUCACCGAUGCUGAGGCUGUGAACAAAAUUUUUUUUGCUCAGCAGAUCAUCCCAAAUUCCUGUGCUACCCAUGCCCUUCUCAGUGUUUUGCUGAACUGUGACAAUAAAGUCAAGCUGGGGAAAACAUUGACCCUUAUCAAAGACUUCACAGAAAACAUGUCACCCGAGGACAAAGGUUUUGCCAUAGCUAACAUGCCAGAGUUGGCAAGAGUUCAUAACAGUUUUGCCAGGCCAGAGACCAGCAAACCUGUUCCAGAAAAGCAGUCUGGCUUAUCCAGUGUCAGGGCUAUGGACUCUGAGACGUUUCACUUUGUGAGCUACGUGCCCAUACGGGGACAUCUCUUUGAGCUGGACGGUCUCAAACCUCAUCCAAUUGAUCACGGCCCAUGUGAAAAAGGUGAGGCCUGGACGGAGAAGUUUCGUCGUGUCAUCACCGACAGACUGGGAAUGGCCACGGGCGGUGAACCAUAUCACGACAUUCGCUUCAACUUGAUGGCAGUUGUCCCGGACAAGCGCCAGUUGUUAGAACAGAAACUGUCAACUCUCAAGACAAACCGCAAUAUUGUUCUGGAAGCUCUACAGCAGCUGCUGGAUGCCAAGGUUGUGUCUCCGGCCAGCAGUGAAAAGUCUGACUCGGAAACAAAGAGUGAGGUGAAAAAAAGCGUGACUUUCACAGCAGAUCCGUCGGUCAUGGCUGCAAAAAGUAGCACGAUGUCUUCAGAUCCGGCCACUAGCCUUGGCCCGUCCACCUCGUCCACUACCUCUGGAUUGCCGUCAACUUCGUCGACUUCACAGCUGAUCUCUACUUUACCUCUUCAGGUCGUUGGAUCAUCUAAAACGUCCUCGUCAUUACCUAUUUCUAUCUUGAAAGCACCUGCCUCAUCUUCCUCCUCAUCCGUAUCACUGUUAACAUCAUCUGUGGUUCAUUCGUCGUCGAGUUCUGCCUGUUCAACAUCUGUGUCUGCGACUUCGUCAGCCUCUUUAUCUGUGACCAGUGGGACGACCGUCACAACGUCUGUUGGCACGGACUCGUCCAAUUCUGAGGAUGCUGCUCAGAUGAAAUUAAGAUCUGCGGUGUUGUCGUCGAGCAAAGUUCCCUCAGAAAUAUCGAGUCAGAUGUCAUCCUCACCUUCCUCUCUCUCCGGAGAAGACACGAUUAAAGCGACGUCUUCGGAGGAAGAUAACCCCACGCCAACAAACAAAGACCUGCAGACUGUGAAGAAAGAAGAAAACGCAACAAGUGAUCGAGACGCCCCAGUCAAGCAGGAGGUAAUGGAUACGUCAAAUCCACUUCAAAAUCCAGACAGUGAGCCUACCAUCAGUAUCAAGGUGGAAGUCACUAGUGCAGUAUGUGGGACAAACUCGGGAGAUCCGAAGCCCGGGGCAGGAAUGGAGGUUAAGUCUGACGUGACCAAACCGCUGAGUAUCGAGACCAAGUUCAACAACUCCUCCCCGUGCGCAGCCAGCAGUGAGAGCACGGACACGGCCUCGGAGAUUGGCUCCGGCUUCAGCUCUCCUGGCAGCCUCAACACUAGCUCGUGUCAGAGUAGCCCGCAGUUCUCGGAUGGGACCAGCGGACCGGACGGUGAGGUUCACCACCACCAUCAUCACAGGGACAAGAGAAAGAGGAGGUCCAGUCAGGCCUUCACACCAAAGGAUCUCCUGGACUUAUUGAAAAAUGUGGAAAAUGAAAUUGAGCUGUGUGAAAAUAACUUGAAAGAGGAGAAUGAGAAACGUAAAAAGUACAAGAUGCACAAGAUUCCGGGCCAGCCUCCGUGUAUAGUGGUUAGGCUACCGGACUCAAGAUCUUGA